GAGCGUGUCGCCACCCUAUUGCAGUGGCAGUACGUGGUUCGGUCGCCCAUCAUGAUGCCAUCCAUUAUGGCAGCUGCAAGCAACCACGCUCACGCCAACUACCCGUGUCUGUGAUGUUCUUCCAUCUCGCCCAAUGAUAUAUAAUGCCGGUGGGUCAUUGAGGAUCAUGUUUCAGAGCACUGCAGUGUCAGUGUGGUUGUGGGCAGCUCUGAAGCAAAAUGAGUUACCAGCUGAAGAAGACGACCAGGAGCGAAGAAGCCGCGCAGCAGAGAGCGUCGUCUUCGGAAGAACAGCAGCAGGAAAAGAUAAAUGAGGUGCGGGGUCUCCUGGGCAAUCUGACGGAGGAGAUGGCGAGUUUUCUGUCGGACGCCACCAUCCGCCGUUUCCUCCGGGCGAGGAACUGGAGCGCAGAGCAAGCCACCAAGGGUCUCAAGGAGACUGUCAAGUGGAGGCGUGAGUACAGGCCGAAUGCAAUUUCCUGGGACGACAUUCCAGAAGUGGAGAACGAGGCCCGGAGGACACAUGUGGCCGACUACCUUGACAAGAAUGGAAGAAGUGUCCUCGUAUCAAACGUACCAAUGAAGUCUAAAGUUUCAGCCAAGGAGCAAAUAAAGCACCUGGUGUAUCUCCUGGAGCAUUUCGCCACCAACUCGGCGGAUGAACAAGACGACUUCGUCGUUUGGCUGACCGACUUCCGAGGCUGGUCGAUAUCGAGCUCGCCGCUGUCGAUAACCCGCGAAUCCAUACACAUAAUCCAAAACUAUUAUCCGGGGGUGAUAGGCGUGGCGAUCCCUUUCGACCCUCCAAGGAUUUUUGAGUCUUUCUGGAAGAUAGCCAAGAACUUCGUGCAGCCAGACAUGAAAGAGAAAGUGAAGUUUGUGUAUGCAAACAAGCCGGAGAGCAUCAAGAUAAUGGCUGACAUCUUUGACUUGGAUACGCUGGAAUCUUCAUUUGGAGGAAGAAGCACCGGUACGGCCUUCGACAUCAACAAGUAUGCCGAGAGAAUGAGAAGAGCCGACAAGAUGAGAGGAGCAUCAAAAGAUUCAAAUGGUCACAACCACUGAUAGAAGAUAGGCUAGGGGUUGCAAUGCAUCACACAUUCGUUCAUCCACAGUGGGGUAAUAUAUAAUAGAGUACAUGAGAGAGAGGGAGAGAGAUACACACGCACGUAAACAGACUAACCAUCGAUCCUAGAUGGAUGGAAAGAUAAGUGCGGCUAACAGCCUUGCAUGCGCCAUGCAAGGGCGGUGGAUGCAUGGAGUGUGCGACUAGCUCGGACUAGUAACACAAGUCCAACAGUAGACCAAAUCAUAGUCUAACAGCCCCCCGCAGUGUCAACGUGGGCUUGCCGGACGUUGAGACUGGAUCGAAAUUCAGCAAAGAGCGUGGUUGGCAGCCCUUUGGUGAAAAUGUCAGCAUACUGUGAAGAAGUGGGAACAUGCAGAACCCGAACCUCGCCAA